GGACUGACGUUCUUCCUGUCGUACGCGAUCCUCGCGGCGGUCUUGGGGAUGUUGCAGUUUGGCUAUAACACUGGAGUAAUCAACGCACCGCAAGGUAACAUUCAGAACUUCAUGAAGGACGUCUACAAGAACAGAUACGGGGUGGACGUCAACGACGACUAUGUGAAGAAACUCUAUUCGAUAGCAGUAUCUAUAUUCGCUAUCGGAGGUAUGCUAGGGGGAUUUGGUGGUGGCAUGGUGGCGAACAAAUUCGGCAGAAAAGGAGGAUUGCUGCUGAACAACGUAUUGGGAAUAAGCGGGGCGUGUUUAAUGUGGUGUACAAAAAUAGCCAAUUCGUACGAGAUGCUAUUUUUUGGCAGAUUUAUUAUAGGGGUCAAUUGUG